GAUAAAGUCAUAAAGAACUGGAGCAGCAGGAUGGGCUCCAGCAGCUCUAGCUUGAACAAAAUCCCCAACGCCCAGGAGCUCAUGCAGGAAACUGGAUUCUCUGCUGCUCACCUCCUCCGUCUGUAUGAGAGGUUUGAGUGGCUGGACAGAGACAACAGAGGAAACCUCAGCCCUGAGGAUUUUGAAGCACUUGGAGGGUUGGCCAUGAACCCCAUCGGAGGCAGAAUCAUCUGUGCUUUUUUCUCUCCCGGACAGGAUACGAUGGACUUUCCCUCCUUUGUCCGAAUUCUGGCUCAUUUCCGUCCAACUGACAGACACCGAAACAAAGGAGGAACACAGCAAGAGCUGCCAAACAGCAGGAACAGGAAACUCAAAUUUGCCUUCCAGCUCUAUGAUAUGGACCGAGACGGAAAGAUUUCCAGAGAGGAGCUUCUUCAGGUCUGUAUCCACGUGCUGCGGGCGAUGCUGGGGCUGCAGGUGACGGAGGAGCAGUUGCAGAGCAUCGCUGAGCGAGCCAUUAAGGAGGCCGACCUCGACAAAGAUGACGCCAUCUCCUUUGAAGAGUUUAAAAAGUCACUGGAGAAAGUGAACAUUGAGGAAAAGAUGAGUAUUGGCUUCUUGCAAUGAAGACACAACCUGUUAAAGUACUGGAAAACUUUUUUCACUGUGGGAAGAAGAUUCAGCUGGUAAAUCUUCAAGUCUUCAAGUUUACACUCCCAGUAUGGAACGUCUCCUGUUUAUAAUCUACUACUAAAACUGGAAAACUGGUGUUUAGUCUCAUGACUGGCUGUUACUCCUCUACACUCAGGGCUGAAUUUGCAGUGUAAACCUUCAGGUGAAGUUGACUGCUGUUCCAGUGAGCCAGCAUGCACAAAUAAGCAUGCGCAUGAAUUCAGUGCAGUCACACACCUGAACACACCUGUGAUAUUCCUCUGCAAAUGUCUGCUGUUACUCUGCUGUUGCUUCAUGCUGUGACUGCAGCCUGAAGCAUGUUGACAGUGAUAACACUGAAUAUUGAUAACAUGAAUCUAAGGGCUGAAUCUGUCAGUAAGUUAUUGUUUGAGAUGUAGUUUUGUUCAAAAUGUGAUUAAGAUUUGUAUUCCUGAGACGUGUGCAUUAAUAAAUAUCUUUAUUCUC